AUAAAAAAUAUAAUGACCAGCAGCAAUGAUAAUAUAUUAAUCGCCACAGCAGGAUUUCGGGAUCAGCGGCGCAUAGAAGACCUCUAUGAGGCCAAAAGCACUUGGCACUUUGGGGAGAAGGAAACGCCACCACUGGACACUCUUUUCUUUAAGAACCAGGCGCAGAGACUGAUAGUCUACAAUAAACAGGAGUAUCACCUGUUGCUGGCCUACAGCGAGUUUGCCAACCAUCCAAAUAUUCCGGUGCUAGCAAACGAUCUGUGGCUCCACUGGCUGAAUGUUCGCUUUUGCGUUGAUCUUCCCAUCACGCUGCUCAAUGCAAUAUUUUUUAACUUCUUCAUCUGCAAGGAUGGCCACAGCCAAAUGCUCAAAAAGGUCAUCUUGGAGGUCUUCUACACCGAGCACUUGGUCAACUAUAUGCUGGUGGUUAAGCCCCCAGAUUGCCCGCCAGGCCAAUACGAUGCCGUUCAGACCUUUGGCACGACCUACUACCCAAAGUACUCGAAAGUCUCGGAGCAGAAGCAUCUGCCAGCGGUCAUCGUGAUCCAACGGCGCAGCACCAUGCCAGUUCUAUCCUUUCGCAAGGCGCUACCUGAGGACAAUGACGAUAUUGUCGAAAUGAUAGAUUCCGAGGAUCCGGAACUGCGGAAAAAGCACGGCGACUUUUACAUCGCAGAGCACCUAUUGAAUGCGGAGGGUUCCGAUUCCGAUCAUAACGAUAAGAUCAUAAUUGCUGAGUUCGAGGAGGAGAUUGCCGAUAACGUCAAGGGAGCUGGCCUAAUGUGGCUAUCCCAGUCCCUUGAUAUUGAGAUGCUGGCCACCAACUAUCACUUGGAACGUUUGGGCAACUUGGUACGGCACUCACCGGGUUGUUCGCACGCCCAUGUGGGAUUUGAAGUGAUCUCAGUAGAGCUGAAGUCGUAUAAGGAAUUGUUCACAAGGAAUCAAAUGGUAGAAAGGUAUAGGUCGCACGUGAGUAUGAUUAACACAUAUGGUCAGGAUGAAACGAGGAAUAUUUUAUUCAAAAAGUACAAGCACCUAUAUGAGGAACUUCGCGAGGGAGCGUACUAUAUAACAGCGCAUCAGGACAAACUGGAGAUCUCUUUCGAUUUGCCAGAUGGCGAGAAAUCGACCAGCGAGAAUCGGCUGCAAUACUUGGCAAAGGCCUCCAAUGGUUUCCUGCUGAAGAUGUUCCAGUUGCAUCCACUGGUCCGCUAUGAGUACACAUUUUACUCCUUGUCGGCCAUGUUCAGCGCCUUUCCGGACCAUGAUUACUGUGUGACCCUGGUGCCGGGCAACGUGUCCACGAGUCCUUGCCAGAGGGAGCUGCUCCGCUUCUUUCUGCCAGUUGCCCAUCGUCCGAGCAGCACCGUUUCCGAAAACUUGUUCGUUGCGCAUCGAAGUACGCUGUUUGGGGAACUCCGCGUACAUCGAGUCGAAAGCCAGGAGAUCGAUGAAAUCAGAACCUUGAUAAGCAAACAGGCCCGCAAAAGGGAAAGCUUGUCCGAAGAUGAAUCUGAGGAUGGUAAAGGGAUAGACAAUUACACAGAGGACGUCCUGUCCAUAUUUGAGGAUAUCAUCAAGGAAAUCCUCGAGGAUCCCAUGUGUGAUCUGACCUGUUUCACCAUUCGCUGUGGUCAAUCGAAGAAGCAUACCGACUGCCCGUUGGUUGGCUUUAUAAUCCUGAGUCCCUUUUUGGUAUAUGACGAUAUAAGCAAGAUAUUCAUGAUGCCAAGAGACCAGUUUUCGCUGACGCACAAACGUGGCGAGAUUGUCAUGUUUAGGCUGCAUCCAUUUUUUCAGAUGUGGUGCAAGACGAUCCUUCGCACCGUUGCCUUAUGCGAUAAUUACCGAGAACUGUACUAUAUACACUACUUUAGUGGUAUCUCGCUGCCCAAUGAUCUGAUGUACAACAUGAUGCCCGUUGAGCCUCGCCGCAUGAAGAAAAAUCUGUUCGACUACAAGUGCGUUUCCUUUAGGCGCCGUGUAACGAAGGGAAAGAUGUCAGUAAAUGCCAGCGUUGAUAUAUGCACCAGUCGCAUGCGGCUCUUUUGCCACAAUCUUCAGCCCACAAUGCACAUGGGCGGCAAGAAUUCCCUGCUUAUCGUGGGCUUUUCGAGCACGUGUAUGGCCUUUCUGCGGACCGUGAUCUUCGCUUGGAAUUCAAAGGAUUUGAUUAAUUAUAAAAAGUACAACUGCCUGCCCAUGGUGGACAUCACGGUCCUGGUCGGUCACGGAAUUAUAGAAUCGGCAUAUGAUUGUGACUUCUCGUGCAACUACUGCGGGAACGGCAGGAACUGCUAUGUGGACACCGGAAACGUGAAUCCCUUUGUGAGGGAUACAAUGCAGCGGAUGGAUGUGAGGCAUUGGGUGCGUUUCGUUUCCGGAGAAAUGAAAAGUAUAAAGAGACAAGAAAAGGUGGUGGAGCUGUCGGAUGGCUGUCAUCUGUACUACGAUAAGCUGGUGCUGAUGGGUGCCACAAGGUACGGGUUUGAGGACAAGGAAUUUAAGGGGCAUCCGAUUCCCUUGAACUAUGUGGUCAACAAUACUCGCCUGGACAGGAUUAUCUUUUACCACAAAGUGUGUGAGAUGGUCGAGUUAAUGGAGUCAUACAACAUCAUAGUCUACGGAUACAAUCUGUGUAUAUACGAAUGCAUUCACUUUUUGGUCACACAUGGUUGCAAGGCCCAGAACAUCACAUAUGUGCAGCCUCACGUUCCGAUGGUAAUGGAGGACCUGGGCAUUCCCGAAAAGGAUUCUCGGCUAGAUCCGAUCAUCCUGGAAAUGAUAGCUGACUUGGGAGUUACAAUAUACCAAUCGACCAACUACAGCCAGUUUAUUCUGAGUCAAGACAACAUGAACAUUGAGAAGGUGGAGCUGAUCAUGCAUCCAUCUAAGAAGAAGAUCGUGCUGCCCUGCGAACUCUUUGUCAACUACAAUGACAAUACCAUAAGUACGGGCAUGGAGAACGUUCUUUCCGAGGCAGGAAUUGAGAUAAGUGAAAGGAGGAUAGUGGUCAAUUCACGAUAUUGCACCAAUGAUCGUAAUAUAUUCGCCGCUGGUAUAAACGUAAUCAUGAUACCGAAGCCAAACUUUCAGUAUACCUAUGGCAGUCCGCAAGAAAUGGCUGAAAAACUGGCCUACGAAUUGAACAUGAUUAAGGUUGUGAUGCAGUCGCGAUACUCCAAGCCGUACAUGUUUACGGGAAUCCUGCCAAUGGGCUAUCAGAUCAUCAAGAUCACUCAACCAAAGCCCCUGCUUAUAGGUCAACUACCGAUCGACUUCUCUGAGACCUUGACUACCUACGAUGAUGGCGACUUUUGCCGCAUUCGACUUAACAAUAAACUGAUUGUCAUAGAAAUUGUCUGCGUCACCAAGAAGCCGAAGAGACUUUACUUUAUGGAGUACUUUUGUGGCAAGCACGCUAUGCUACUCAAUGAUCUGCGUGGUCGCUUCCAAUCGGGUUGGAUUCAGAAUUUCCUGGAUUUCUUUGAACAACCCUGGACAGAGCUCCUGAUGCACGACAGGUUCGAGGAUCUGCAGUUAAAGAACCGCAGACUUCUGCUCUCAAUGCUGCUGAUGAACAACAAGGAUACUAAUAAUCCCAGAAACAGUCUGGAAAACACGCAGAGGCUAAAGCUGGAGGAAAACGUGAUCGAUUUUGUGCGAACCUAUCGAAAGGAUUUCACUCACGAAUUUGCGCUGCCGGAGGAUUGGGGUGUCUUUAAUCUAUGAGCGGGAUGAACUUAGAUGUACCAUACAUAAAUAAGUACUACGAAAUGUAUAAAUAAUAAUAUUGAACUCAGAUUUUUAUUUAUAUGUGUAUUUUGUAUUGCAUACAAUGCUAAAUAAUUAAACCAAUUGCAAGUUUUUACAUUGCUCAACAUAUUAAAACUAUAAGUAAUCAAAAGCGAAAGCUUUCAUUUGGGAUUAGCCUAAAGAUUGUGUUAUUCGGUUCAUUCUGUUUUUAAGUUAGCUAGCUCGAUUAGUAUAACAUAUUACUCUUUAGGUCUCGUUGUUAGCUUAAUUUUACACAUACAUAGUAUACUACAAGGUUUCACGGGAUUCUAGAGGG